GCGAAGAAGCGGGAACGGAAAAUGGAAGUUCUACUCGAGCCGCUUGCGCGACGGUUGAUUCGUAAGACUCUCGAUAAUGAUCAUGGGGGUCUACAACUUUCGGAUCAUUUUUAUAAGGGAGAUCAAGAUCAUGUUGACCUUGACGCAGAGGAGGAGGACACAAGCACAACGAUAAUACCGGAGGAAGAACACCACGUCGUCUUCCGCGCGCACAAGAACGCCACUAAAACGUCCUCGCCUGCACGACCAGCGGCCGUCUCCGGUGCAGCCGCUCCUCCGUCCCAAGAACUUCCCAACUACACAGAAGCGGCUCCACCUGGCGUCGAUUUUUUCAGUGGAACUGGAAGAAGUUCUUGUGCGGG